GUAUCAGCUGUUUGGACCAUUCUACUCACAUCCACUGAUAAAAACGUCAGCGACGAAGAGAGACGGUCUGCUACCUCAACCCGAAAAGGAUUGAGAUUUUUUCAGAUUGGAACUCGAGUGCAGCGUCAAGCCGUAUUCAGGAAAUAUGAAUUCCCUACCGGGAAGGAGUGUGUCACUAUGCAGAAUCACCACAGUGGGCGCUAUGAGGGUCCUCGUGGGUGCACCAGGUCACCCUGUCACGAUGGCCCGUGCGACUUGCCUUGAGGCCGUCAGAGUGUGUCACUCGGUCUCGAGCUGCAAGGGCAGCGUCAACACCAAGAAGCGCGGUUAUGACAUUACCAGAAACCCACACCUGAACAAGGGCAUGGCCUUCACCCUGCAGGAGCGCCUGCAGCUGGGCAUCCACGGCCUGCUGCCCCCAGUCUUCCUCUCCCAGGACGUCCAGGUGCUCCGCAUCAUGAGGAGCUACGAGGGCCGCAACCCCCUCGACAAGUACAUCUUGCUGAUGACUUUGCAGGACAGGAAUGAGAAGUUGUUUUACCGCCUGCUGACGUCUGACGUAGAGGAGUUCAUGCCUAUCGUCUAUACGCCUACAGUAGGGCUGGCCUGCCAACAGUACGGACUGGCCUUCAGGAGACCACGAGGUCUCUUCAUCACCAUCCACGAUAAAGGUCACAUCGCCACCAUGCUCAACUCCUGGCCUGAGGAGAACAUCAAGGCCAUUGUGGUGACGGACGGCGAGCGUAUCCUGGGUCUGGGUGACCUGGGAAGUUACGGCAUGGGCAUCCCCGUGGGCAAACUGGCCCUGUACACAGCCUGCGGAGGAGUGCCACCCCAACAGUGUUUGCCAGUGCUGCUGGACGUGGGCACCGACAACCAGGCGCUCCUGGAAGACCCCCUGUACAUCGGUCUAAAGCACAAGAGGGUCAGAGGAAAGGAGUACGAUGAUCUCAUCGAUGAGUUCAUGCAGGCAGUUACUGACAAGUACGGGAUGAACUGUCUGAUCCAGUUUGAGGAUUUUGCCAACUCCAACGCCUUCCGCCUCCUCAACAAGUACCGCAACCACUACUGCACCUUCAAUGAUGACAUCCAAGGGACAGCCUCAGUAGCAGUAGCUGGAGUAUUGGCUGCUCUGAAGAUCACCAAGAACAAACUGUCAGACCACACCUUUGUGUUCCAGGGAGCAGGGGAGGCUGCACUGGGCAUCGCCCACCUGCUGAUCAUGGCCAUGGCGAAGGAGGGAGUGUCCGGCACAGACGCCGCAAAAAAGAUCUGGAUGGUCGACUCCAGGGGCCUCAUCGUCAAGGGCAGAGGAAACCUGAACCAUGAGAAGGAGGAGUUUGCCCAUGACCACGCCCACAUCAAGACUCUGGAGGAGGUGGUGCACACCAUCAAGCCCACUGCCAUCAUCGGAGUGGCAGCCAUCGCAGGGGCGUUUAAUGAAAACAUUAUCAAGGACAUGGCGUCCUUCAACGAGAGGCCCAUCAUCUUCGCCCUGAGUAACCCCACCAGCAAGGCAGAGUGCACCGCCGAGCACUGCUACCAACUCACCGAGGGGCGGGGCAUCUUUGCGAGUGGCAGCCCUUUUAGUAAAGUGACCCUGGCUGAUGGGCGCUCCUUCAUCCCCGGCCAGGGGAACAACGCCUACGUGUUCCCUGGCGUGGCGCUUGGCGUCAUCGCCUGCGGGGUACGCCAAAUCUCUGACGACAUCUUCCUCACCACAGCGGAGGCGAUAGCUGACAUGGUAACAGAGGAGCACCUAGCCGAAGGGAGACUCUACCCUCCCCUCAACAGCAUCAGAGAGGUGUCCUUUAAGAUUGCUGUCAAGGUGGUGGACUAUGCGUACAGACACAACAUCGCCUCCCUGUACCCGGAGCCCAAGGACAAGGAGGCGUUUGUGCUCUCCCACGUCUACAGCCCAGACUACGACUCCUUCAUACAGGACACCUACAACUGGCCCCAGGACGCCAUGAAAGUCCAGAACAUGUGAACUCCAUCUCCCGUCAGCCACCUCUAUCUCUGUUGUUCGAUCCCUGUCAGUACAGCAGAAGGGAGCCACAUAUAAGAAAACGCGCCACCGUCUCUUCUCUCCAGCACUCGCAUAUUUUCAACAAUUAUCACUCAACCCCGUUCUGAAGUUAGGUCAUCAAUACGAGACACUCCUUUGCCCCUAGACACUCCCCAGUGCCCAUAGAAAUGUACGUCGUAGUUGGAGAUGACCAAUGCUUAGCCAGCACAGAGAUCCUUUGAGGGGUAGUUUUGAAGGUUCAUUAUUUUGAAGCCUCCUUUGUCUUUUGUAAUUUUUUUGUUUGUCAUAUCGACAACAGUGUAUCCAUACAGUCAUACUGCCAGGUUAUAGUGCCACAUCAUUUCAUGUAUAAAUUGAGGCAACCCUCAAACUGUUUUAUACAUUCUAUUUCUAUGUUCCUAUAUUCUAAUCUGGAGACAGACUAUUGACAUCACCACAACACCAUGUUAUUCUAUCUGUGUCCUGUGUCACCAAGGCCUUAAUAACACACUCUAUUGAGCUUUAUAGGCCUGGUCCAGUCUGUGUGGUCUAGCUUCAAUAACUAACACGCUAAACUCUAAAAUAAAUUCCAUAGAAGUAUUACAAAAGGCUAGGUCUCUCAGGCAUCUAUUGUAGGGUACAUCUCAGGAGUCUUAUCUGGCUUUCUUCCCUUGACUCCUUUACUUCACCUUUAUGGCAUCUGCAAAAGUGGACAUUUGAAAGCAAAUUCCCAUUAGGCAUUCACCAUAUCGCCUUCACCUGUCCAUUGUUUUUGAAUCAGUCAGGCAGGAUAAAAGGAGAUGGGGGACGAGGACUCCAGUUUUAGACUAUUAAGAUGGGUCCCUUCUCCGGACAUGAACGCACAAACCCUGAUAGUGCCUGCCUCUGUUUGACCUUCUGACCUCACAAUGUUAUAUCCUGCAGAGUCUUGUCUUUGGUUGGAGGAUUCUAUCAGAUAUUAGUAAGGAAUGAUAUGUACAAGCCAGUUCACACUGUUCAGUACCUCCUCAUUCAUUUUCAAGCGUAACUCCAUUAUAUUUUUAAGUGGCAUCUUGCUACCUGUCGUCACUGCAUACUCUAGGCUACACUCCUGCCAAAGACUGGGUUAGGACAGGGCGAGAUAGACAAUCUAUAGCACUUCAAGCCUUGUAAGGUAACACAAGCAUGCAUAUGAAAUGGCUUGAUCAUCUUGUCGCAUGGCAGCGAUUGGUUAGAUUGCUUGGCAGCAGGAUGCAUCAUGGGACUGUCUUUUUUACCCAGGUUGCACUGGGCGUAACCCACUUGCUGAUAAUGGCCAUGGCACCACGAAUGCAGCAAAUACCAAAAAAAUAUAAGGUUAUAAGGGAUAUUUUAUUUUAAAAAAUAUAUAAAUUAGGACUUUUAAUUUAUUUUCAAAAACACUCCCUGUUCAUCUUAUAUUUUUCCUCUAGACUUUGUCACUGAUGGCCUGUUGAUACGCAGGAGAGGAUUAACAAGGUGCAUAGCUACAUGGUUUUAGCCCCGAUGUCACUACCAGUAGGAACUGACUUCAGGUCUGUGAGGUGCAUAAUGUUUAUGUGCAGAGAGGAAUCUUUGGCAAGCACAGUGAUUAGAUAUAUGAUUGCCUCUUUAAGUAUGUUUUUUUAUAUAUAAUGGAGGGGUUGCUUAUUUGAGUGUUGUUUUGUAUAAAGCUUUGCCUGUUUUGGGUUUAGAUGUUUUUGCCAAAGGUAAUAACAGAAACGGGGUGAAUCGUAUCUUUCCUUUUCCCCCAGAGAAUAUAAUGCUCUGCUUAGGAGUGAUGCACUACGAAAGGAAUUAUAUUUCAGUUUUUUAAGGAAAGACUAAAUGUUUUUGAAGGGAAUAAAAUUCACUUUUAGGUGAAUAUUGUAAACAAAACUACUGUUUUAUUGAUGAUUUAACACUGAUUUUGCUUGUGUGUGUUGUGUGUGUGUUGAUGUCUACUAGUAUGUGCGGGUUAACUCAUAACCCGCAGGUUUAGGGUCAUGAAAUAUUGUGGAUGAAGGGCAGGGGGUGGGUGGUAGGCAGGUUGAGUAGAGGGAAAACAAUACUUUAAAUCCAAUCCAUAUAUCAUUUUUGUGCAAUUUAGUGAACAAAAAUAUAAAGGUGUUGGGGUAGGUUCCUUGUUCCUUGUCAAUCAUUGGCUUAUUGGUGAAAUCAGCAAUCAGACUAUCUUUGAGUAAAUCAAUCAAACCUUUAUUAAUGCAAUUGCAGACAGAAGUUGACAAGGGAAACACAGCACGCAUGUUUCAGAGUAAGAAUAAAAAAGGUAAAAGUUGCUUUAAUAUGCUUGCGGUCAACCCAUAGUGAUGUAACUGCCUACAUUAACACCUACUACUCAUGAGACCAAGCCCAUGCAUAUACAGUUAUACAAACUUGCAGGAGAGAAUAAUAGUUCCAGUGUUUUCUAAGGGCUCAGCAGUAAUUUUCCAUUCCCGUGUGGCUUACAGUGGUGUGUCUGUCUUGUCUCUUAUCUAUUUAUUCCCCUGCAGGGGUCUGUGUCUAUGUAUCUCUUUUAGCUUUGAGGCACUUUCUCACAGACACCCUGUUUUGACCGCUAUGGCUCACACAUCUGCUCAGAACGUUUCUAUAAGAGGCAGAGACCAGAAAAGAACUGUGGAACAGUAUUAAACCUUAUAAUGCAUAUAUUGCUAAUCUGUGGUUCAGGACCCUAUAAAUGUAGUAGGGGAGGGUCUUAUAGCCCUUCUAUUAAUACAACAUAAGCAUAAUUAUUAUAAUACAUCAAUCAUUUGGUGCAGCCCCUCUCAUGACCCCAAGGUGACCCCCAUCAAAGGCAAUAUGUAAAGUGUUGGUCCCAUGUUUCUUUAGCUGAAAUAAAGGAUCCUUGAAAUGUUC